AUGAGGCUAUUGAAGGGAUUCCAUCGGUCUGAGGGCGACCUUGCUCCACCUGUCCUCCGCUCACGUCACGAUCAUUUCAUGACUAUGUGUUCUGAACUCACAAAACGAAAAGGAGUAAUACCGGAUGUUUUUCUAGUGUAUGAAAAGCCCAGUACGCAGUAUAUUGACGAAGAUGGUGACGUAGCGCAUGAAUUCUACACUGAAAAGGAGUCUUUAGAUGGCCAACCGCGACGACUGCAUAGACUUUUGAACAAUUUACGUCCGAAGGGCAAGGAGCGAUACCCAAUCCCUCGAUUGAGCUCAGAUGUACCGAUUGUGAUGUGGGAGGUAGAACAGCAAGCAUGCUGUCAAGGUUGA